UCUCGUAGCCACCGUAGCGUCCCUGCUACGCGGAAAGCUACGCGCUACGUCAUACGCGACGAACUUUAGAUAUUACGAUUUUAAAUUGUGUUAUUUGUAAUUAAUAUUGUGUUAUUCAUAAUCAAAAAUUGCGAUAAUUUUCUCAAUAUCAUUUUAAACUUCAUAUAUAGAGUAAUAUCGUUUACGCUGCUUUUUUAAAAAAUGUGCAUUUAUGAACAUUGUGUAAAAAUAACAUUCAAAAUGUGAACGUGAUGUUGUUAGAAGAAAAUGCGUAGUCGGCGCUGACCGCCGGCCUGGUAUGAGGCGAGCACGCAGACCCUCGACCCUGUACCUCUACUCACCCCCUCGAGAGCCCACCUUGAACGCACCCCACAUCUUCCUCUUCCUGCCCCUUUUCCUCCUAAUCUUCCCCAUCAGCCAUACGCAAAUGACUAACUACAAUGCGACACUCACAAAACAUAGCACAAUCGAGAAAACGAAAGAUCACAAGUUUUUAACAAAUGAAUCUAAAUCAUCAGAUACAUCAGAAUUAUCUAAAGAAUUAGAACAGAAUACACAAUUUGAUUUCAAUUACAAUAAAAGAUUUAACGUUUACCUGGCAUUGCUUAACAGAUUUAGAAGAAAAGCAACUGAUAAUAACAAGCAUAAUAAUUUAGAUACGACCACUCCUAAAGAACUUUUUAAUACAACUUUGUAUAGAAAACUAAAUCCUGAACCUAUUCAUACCAAAUCUAUCUUAGUAGACGACUUUGAAAAUAAUAAUUUAAUAGAAGACGACAAAAAUUAUAAUACAAAAAGCAAUCAAGUAACAACUAGUCCAGCCAAUGUAACAAAUAAUAAUUUACUAAAAUUAGGGAAAGAUAGAAUAAAACAAGAAACGAUGGGAAAGUUAAAAAUAGACGAUGAAACGAGAUCUAAACUAUUUUUCGACUAUUCUAAAAACUACAAAACAUCAGAAGAACCUACGACAACUACUAACAUCAGUACGAGUAACACAAAUCUAUCAAAACAAACUAUAAAGUCCGGUAAAGAAGAAACGAUGGGUAAAUUAAAAAUUGAUGACGAAACGAGAUCAAAAUUAUUUUUUGACUACUCGUCAACUUUUAACAGAAGCAAUUCAAUACACGAUGACAAAGAAUUUAGUACACAGAGAGCAAUAUCCGGUGCUGACGAAUUUGAACUCGGGGAUAAAAAUCUGACAAUAGAAGACGAAACCGUUGCGCGAAAAUUCUCAAAUAACUCAUUAGACCCUCCGGCCAACCUCUCCCAUCCUUCAAUUAAGGGCGAUGGGAGAUCAACAAACCCCGGCUUUAUUGACGGUUUCCGGCAAAACACGACAAGUCGAAUAGUCUCCAUACUCGGACUAUUCGAGUUGUCAGUCGGUGAUUUCCCACGUGCAGACGGCAAGUCCGAGUUGGCGGCUGCCAAGUUGGCGGUGCAUCAUGUCAACCAGCAGACCUUGCUGCCAGGAUAUAAACUACAUCUCAUCACUAACGACACUAAGUGCGACCCUGGCGUCGGGGUGGACCGGUUCUUCCACGCGCUGUACACGGAGCGCCAGUCGCGCCUGGUCAUGCUGCUAGGCAGCGCCUGCUCCGAGGUGACGGAGAGCAUCGCCAAGAUCGUGCCCUACUGGAACAUUGUACAGGUAUCCUUCGGCUCCACUUCACCGGCGCUCAGCGACCGCUCCGAGUUCCCGCUGUUCUGCAGAACAGUCGCACCCGACUCCUCGCACAACCCAGCGCGGAUAGCUUUCAUCAGGCAGUUCGGCUGGGACACCGUGACGGCGUUCUCCCAAAACGAGGAGAUCUACUCGCUGGCGGUGAACGAGCUGGUGACGCAGCUGGAGGCGGCCAACAUCACCUGCGCCGCCUCCAUCACCUUCGCCGAGACUGACUUCAAGGAGCAACUGCAACAAUUAAAGAAGCUCGACACAAGGAUAAUCAUCGGCAGUUUCUCGCAGGAGAUGUUACCGAAAAUAUUCUGUGAGGCCUAUCAGCUAGGGAUGUUCGGGGCGGAAUACGCGUGGCUGGUGGCGGGCGCUCCGCCACGGAUCCGGGGCGUAGCACCCUGCGCGCGCACGCAGCUGGCCAGGGCUCUGGAGGGACUGGUGUCCGUCACCGCGCACCGGGGCAUCGUGGGCGACGUCGUAUCUUACUCCGGCCUGACAAGUGAAAUGUUCUACCGCGAAAUGCAAGGGGCCGGUGUACCAAUCUCACCCUUUGCUCCGCACACAUACGACGCAGUGUGGGCCAUAGCUCUGGCGUUGAGCAGAGCGGAGAUGCUCUGGAGGAGCUUGGAGAGCGAGGACAGCACCAGGCUGGGCUUGGGGCACUUCGAUUACAACCGGAAGGACAUGGCGGAGGAGUUCCUGAACCAGAUCGGGAAUUUAAGCUUCCUUGGUGUUUCGGGCCCGGUAUCUUUCAAUGGAGCAGACAGAAUAGGAAUGUCAGCGUUCUAUCAAAUACAGGGCGGUCGGCCCAAAGCGGUGGGCCUGUACACUCAUGGGCGCGAGAUGACGUGCCCAGAAUGCUCGCGCCCACAGUGGGCGGGCGGCGUGCCGGCUGCCAGGCGGGUGCUAGUCUCGCGCGUGGACUCGGUGUGGGCACCCGCCAGGCUCGCUGUGGCGGCACUGUCGGGUGCUGGCGUGGCAUUGGCACUGGCCUUCCUGGCGUUCAACUUGCAUUAUAGCAAACGGAGGUUCAUAAAGCUGUCGUCCCCGCGUCUCAACAACAUGACGCUGAUCGGCUGCGUGCUGGUGUACACCGCAGUGGCACUGCUGGGGGUAGAUAACGCCAUCCUGCCCUCCUACAUACCCUUCUCAGCGAUGUGCACUGGUAGAGUGUACAUAAUGUCCGCCGGUUUCUCCCUCGCAUUCGGAUCGAUGUUCGCAAAGACGUACCGAGUACAUCGAAUAUUCAUAAGCAAUCGUAGCGGAGUCUGCAAAACGAAGCUUCUCCAAGACACGCCGCUCAUAUCUUUGGUGUGUGCUCUCCUGGUCAUCGAUGGACUGAUCGUGACCCUCUGGGCGAUCCUGGACCCCAUGGAGAGGCAUCUCAAGAACUUGACCAUAGAGAUCAGCUCGACAGAUCGGAGCGUUGUUUAUCAGCCUCAGAUAGAAGUUUGCAAAUCUCAGAACACAACAGGCUGGCUAUGUGCCCUGUAUGCAUACAAAGGCCUCCUUCUAAUUGUGGGAGUAUAUAUGGCCUGGGAGACCAGAAACGUGGAGAUAUCAGCUCUAAACGACUCCAAGUACAUCGGCAUCAGUGUAUACUCCGUGGUUAUAACGAGCGCCAGCGUCGUAGUUAUUGGGACGAUCAUAUCUGAGCGAGCAACCCUGGCGUACAUUACGAUCACAAGCCUGAUUCUGAUUGCCACUACCUCCACUCUGUGUUUGCUGUUCUUGCCGAAAAUUAUUGCUAUAAAAUGUAAAGCACAAGACGAUCCAGUAAUACAGAGCAUGGGGCUGAGACUCGAGUGCAAGACCCGCAGGUUUGUGACAGAUGAAACCCAAGAACUGCACUUUAGGAUAGAAAUACAGAACAAAGUUUACAAGAGGGAGGUCGCAGCUUUGGACAGGGAAAUUGGGAGACUGGAGAAACUGUUAGCAGAGCCAUUGGAACUUAGUUCAGGAUCGACUGCGUCAAUUGUUUUACAUAGACGAGCAGAGCUUAACACUGUUGCAGAAGAAGACAGAACAGACAAAGACAAACGAACACCUAGUAUAAGUGGAGGUCUACCGAUGCUCCUCCUUUCCGUCCUACCGCCAGUCAUACCUCGAGCCAGCUGGCCUUCCGCAGAAGCUUGCAGAGGAAGGAACUCUGUCAGCUUUAGCUCCCAACCGAAGCUAAACCGAAAGUCCCAACCUAGCAUUGACUUAUACAACUUAUGCUUAAACAAACGCGAGGAAAACCAAGGCUUCCUCAAAAGGUUACGUAGCUUUUUCGGAAGCAAGACAUCAAGUAGGAAAGCUUCAGCUAUAUCCAUAGCAGAUCCAACGGGCCAAAGCAUUGCUUCAGCUCUAAGAAUGCACGUUGGGAUGAUUGCUGGUCUUGUGCCGAGCAGAAAACAUUCGAUGGUUCUAUCAUGUAACACUCUACACGUACCACACCCUGAAUUGAAAUUGAGAAGAGAAUCCUUCGCAAGAAGCGGACCAAUCAUAAGAGUGACAGACGACGAGACUACGUGUUCGAAGUAUGAGCCGUCGUGUUCUAAAUAUGAGCCCGUAAACUUGAAUAACUUGUCCGACAAAAGCAUAUCCUCCGGUACGCAUAAAUACGUCGCGGAACCAGAAACUAAAGUCAAUUUCGUAUUGCCAACGACGCAUCGACGACCGAUGUCCCAUCAGAGUUCGUGCGAGAGGUUCAAAGGUUCUCCGAGGUUUCCCCACAGGAUAGCACCGGCCACAACCAGUUUGACUGCUCUUAAUAAGAGAAAAACUAGUGCUGAUAGCGUUUUUCACAUAUCCGAUACAGUAUUCGAUGAACAAAGACGUUACAGUCAUCAGAGCGUUUGUAAUAAGGAAGAUAAGGAGAAAGCAAUAUUAGAAAGUAGAUGGAGGUCUACGGAAGAUGCCAGACCUGGGCCUUCUACAAGGAAUUAAUUACGUCUAUCUCUAUCUUAGGUUAAAGUGCCAAAUAUUGUAAAAAAGUAUUUCUGAGUUGUGUCUUUUAGAUGAUUUUAUAGCAGAAGAGAAAAAAGAGCCAGUAAUGAAGUACGGUCUUUUCCAUUACGAGAAAAUCGUAGGUAAAUCUUAAAUUAUGAAAAUAGUAUCCCGAAAACAAUGUAGUUGAAUGAGUGCAUUGACUUACGAGUACCUACAUGUUUAAGUGUAUCUAUUGAGUGUAUUUGUGACGUUAUGAUACAAAUCCUAUUAAUCCGAUUUCAGCGAGUUAUAUAUCUAUUAAUUUUCUGUUCGAUGUCAAUCUUAAGUUAGCAGAGAGUUGCAGUAAAAUUCACAACCAACCAACCAAUCAUCGUCAUGGGCAAUAUAAUGACAUAGUUUUAAGGCUUUCCCUCACGUACGGGGUGAACGGCAAAGCGACGCGACGGAAGUUGUUGAGCUAUAAUUAUAAUUGCAAUAUACUUAUUAAUAUAACUGUCGAUCUGUGAAAUACUGAGCGUUUCCAAUUUUUAGUAAAAAUUAUCAGUCCGAAUAAUACCAAUAAUAACACAACAGUAUAAGGUGGUGUUCGUAAAAGAGUUUAACAUUAAGUAUUCUAAGCCUGCCAAAACAGCACUGGAUCAGCGGCGGGUGUAAGGCCUAGUUUAGACUACUUUAGUAUUUUAGUCGAGUACGAACGAUUUUUGGGCGGUAAAUCCAAAAAUUGUUCACCCUUUAAUUUCCAUAUCCUCCCUUCAAGGAGGAAAGAGAGACCUGCCGGCCAAUUCACAAAACUUUGACGUAUGUUAGCCACCUUAUAAUUAACAUCAAAUCAAUUACAACCUCAUAUUUCGUAUUCCGUAAAGCCCAUUGUUAACAAAUAUCCUAAUGUCAACUGGACUAUGUCAUCUACCUAGUUCUAGUAGUAUCUAGUUACCUACUCUAUGAUAUCCACGUUAUUGUUAAUUUCAAUUUUAAUCAGUUAACAUGAAGUUAGUGAAUACGAAAUCACGUGCCUCAAGAAUUACUAACAAUAGCUAGAUGGUAAACGUAUACCUAUCUCCACUAACAUGCGUCAAAGUUAGACUAUUCACAAUUAAAAGGUUAAACUGUGACGUAGCAGCGUGACGUUCUACGUAACGUGUUCUACAUCGACUAGUAGGUAUAUCGCAACGAUUCACGUCACGCCAGCGUUGCCUCGCCGUCCCGUCAAUUCGCCUGUGUGGCAUUUAUCCUUCCUACCAUACUUAUAAACAUGGAUUAUAAUAAUAAAUAAUAAUAAUUUAUUUAUUCAUAAGAACGAUUAAAUAUAAACUUCAAUUUUCUUCAAAGUAAAGUAAACUUUAAACAUCCACUUUACUAUAAAGAAAAUUGAUUUUAUUUUCAAACAAUCAGUAUAAUAUAUAUUCAAAACAAAAGCUAUACAUACAUAUAAUGAAAAUGUAUAGAAUAAUGAAUACAUAUACUACAAUGUACAAAAGAAUAUCGAUAGGUACCUACUAUAGAUUACUCUAUAGAAAAUUAGUUUAAAAAAAUAUUAUAAAUAAUACCUAACUACGACUAUCGUGGAAAUCUGUGAGACAUAACACCAAAAUGUAGAUUAAAACUGUAUAAUAAAAUACCUAAUGCUUAGGUAGCUACUUACUCUAAAGAAUUAGCACCACCAAGGAGUAAUAUUUAGCUAGACACUGCAAGCCGUCCAUUGAAGCGUGCCCAAAAGAUUAGAAUGGCAAGCGCAUAUUUGCCUCUCAUUUAAAUUGCGUAAAAAAUAUUAUCAUUAUCAAAAAUAUAUAAUCCCACCUACCUACUAAAAUGUUAACGUCAACUUUUUGUAAAACCGUCUGACGAGUUUUAUUGAAAAUAUUUUGUUAACUUAUAGAUAUCACUUCAUAACUCUAGUGGCAUUAUCGAAAUGUAGCAAAAAAUUGUCAUUGCUGUGAUUCCAUUUUAUUUAUAUUGAUUACUCUACCCUGCCACGUGACGAAAAUUCGUUUUACUUUUGAAUAUCACUGUCUAAAUAACUUUCAUGACCACAGAACAGACACGCUAAAUGCUUUUAACUCAUGACGCCAUCAAAAGUAGCAAAACUUUUAUCGUUUGAAUUAGGUUAUUAAAUGAACAAGCGGUGUCUAGAUAAAUAAAAGUCCGUAGUAACUUGUAGUAACUGAUAGUCCUUGGGGGCCCAAGAACAAAAUAUUUAUCGAUGACCUUUAAAUAAAUAUUUAUCCUUGUGUUCAUAAAUAAAUAUUUUAAACCUAGCCCAAGGACUAUCUUUAUCUAUUUAUCAUUAUGAUCAUUUUUUGUUUGUUUAUAUUUAUAUUUUAUCACUGGUUCUGUAUCUCAUUACCUAAGCUAUGUUAAUAAUAGGAAAUAAGUAGAAAAUAAUGAUCACUUGAAAGCAAUAUUAUAUUUACUAGCUAAAUAUUAAAGAACUAUUUUUCAAAAAUUACUUUAGAAUUUAAGAACUUAACCUUGAUAUUUAAUAUUUAUAUACUUGAUAGGCAAGUGUGUUCAAAUUUUAUAAGAGAAAAAUUACAAUAUAUUACAUAGUGUUAGAUUUGAAAAUAACUAUUUUAGAAUGUACUUACUGUGUGGACAUAUAAAAUAUUGAAGU